AUGUACGACUGGCACCAACAAUAUCAGCAUAUUGUCGACGCGACGGAUGAACGCGAGGAACUUUGUAUCUCAACACCAGGCUGGUAUAUCCCAGAAGACACACGGACGAGUCUGUUUUGCUGUCUUCGUCGUAGUCUCGGUGCUUCAGACUCUGACUACGUUGUAUCUCUGACGGAGUAUAUGCAAAACCUAAAUGACCUGACCGGACUGUUCGACGACGAGUACAUUGCGUCGUUAAGAAGUGGUGAACUUGCGCCUGGAGAGCUCGAGCUAUUUGCUGCAUCUCGCAUGCACGAUUGCGAUAUUGAAGUCGUCACUCUUAACAACGAAUGCAGAGUUAUCUCGAAGUACACGUACACUCUCGACGGACUCCAUCUAUAG